AUGUCUAGGAUAUGGUUAAGCCCGGCGUCCAGCUCCAAUGAUGCUUCCGCGAAGGACAAGUCGAGCAUCAAAAAUGAAUUCGGCAUAAAGACCAUCAUUGAUCUUCGGACCAAGACUGAACUGAUCAAAGAGGCUGAAAAGGUCCAGGCCGAAACGAGUAGCAAUGCCUUUUCUUCUUGGUUCUCUUCCCAGCCAUCUCUGCCACGUAUCGACGGUAUAAAUUACGAGGAGAUCCGGAUUACCGGCCGGCCAUUCGAGAGACAUCUUCUCAGUCAACUGUCAUGGUGGAGCUUUUUAAUCGAAGCCGUCAGGCUCAUCGCGACCGAGGUCAUGCUUCAGCGUGGUUUGCUCGGCCUUGGAAUUGACACAAUUGAUCACUCUGGCUCCGAGAUUCGCCAGGCUCUUGAGCUGUAUACCACUUCGAGUACGCUCCCCGUUUUGGUUCAUUGUACACAGGGCAAAGAUAGGACAGGACUCAUUUGCAUUUUGAUCUUGAUGAUUCUCGAUGUUCCUCUGGGCGCUAUAGAGCAUGACUACUUCCUGACAGAUCCAGCUCUCGAGGCAGAACGCCAUGAGAGGCUAGCUGAAAUCCGACAAAUCGGCUUGACAGAUGAUUGGGCUGUCACGGCUCCUGAAUUGGUCAUUGGGGUACAGAAGCAUUUAGACGUGGUGUAUGGCGGAUUGGAGGCCUAUCUCGAUGACAUUGGGUUUGAUGGAAUCCAGAGGGCACAACUCCGGGAGCUUUUGCUAUAUUGA